UUUGAAUAAUCCUUCUCAAUAUAAUAGUCUCUGUGUCAGGCCUGAAUUUUUCAUCACCUCUUUUAAUGGCUUCUGUAUUUUCCAAAGAUUUCUUCGCUGGAAUCAGCUUCUGGAAAACCCUGCUCGCUGUCGGCCUGGUUCUCUACCUGAUCCUCAUUCCCUUUUCCAACAUCGGGAAUCCUCAACUCUUUUUGAUCAAAUGGGUUUCAUCUUCGUCACCGUCGCAACCCGACAGCGAUUUUUCUCGAACCAAUCUCAGCCACAUAGCUUUCGGGCUCCUGGGGUCAGUAAAAACAUGGCCUCACAGGAGGGGAUACCUGGAAGCCUGGUGGCGGCCGAACAGGACCCGGGGCUACGUCUACCUCGACAGGCCCCCGACUCCGGAUCUCCUGCCGUGGCCGCAAACUGCUCCUCCUUACAGAAUAGUCGAUAACCUUUCUGAAAUCUUCCGCAACGUCAAGCCCCGGUUCGAGCUCAUGCCCCGGAUGGUGCAUGGGAUCCUGGAGCUGUUCAGGGAGGAACACGACGAUAUGAGGUGGAUCGUCAUGGGAGACGAUGAUUCAAUUUUUUUCGUGGAUAACAUAGUUGAUGUUCUCGCAGAGUAUGAUCAUACCAAGUACUAUUAUCUCGGUUGGCAUUCGGAGAGCGUUAUAUCGAAUUACUGGUUCUCGUUCGACCAGGCGUUUGGCGGGGGCGGGAUCGUGUUGAGCUACCCGCUGGCGAAGGCCCUGGUAAAAGACAUGGACGGUUGUCUGGUGAGGUACGCGCAGAGUAGUUCUGCUGAUCUGAUUACGAUGACUUGCAUUGCUGAUAUUGGAGUCAACCUCACUCCCCACAAAGGAAUUCAUCAAGUGGACUUGCAUGGCGACUUCUCAGGCUACCUGUCAGCCCACCCAAAAGUUCCCCUCAUGACCUUCCACCACUUCGACGCAAUGGACCCCAUAUUCCCCAACAAGGACCGUUUCCAAUCCACGCGCCACCUCAUGAAGGCUGCGGACGCCGACCAGUCCCGCCUGUUGCAGCAAACCAUCUGUUAUCAGAGGCAAAGCAACUGGUCCUUCUCCAUUUCCUGGGGCUAUUCUGCGCAAAUAUACGAGAGGAUUAUGCCCAGAAGCUACCUGCAAAUGCCCAUUGAAACAUUCAGGCCGUGGGCCAAGGGCCCCAAGCCGCCGUUUUACAUGUUCAAUACUCGGCCGCCGUCUAACAACCCGUGCGAAGCCCCUCAUGUUUUCUUCCUUGAAUCCGUUUACAAGAGUGUUUCAGGCGAUGAAAUCGUUACCAGCUAUUUACGGGCCCGGCCGCGGGGCCUGCCGGCGUGUUCUUUCAGCGGCAACCAUUCCGCCGACUCUAUCUCCACAAUCCAGGUCUUUUCACCGGCCAAGAAGCGUCUCCAGACUGAUAGAUGUGAAUGCUGUGACAUUGUUCGGACAGAUGAUGUGAAGGCGCAGAUCAAAUUUAGGGAGUGCAAGAUAGACGAGAUAAUUGCUUGAUCUGCACAUUUUUCGGGGAAUUUAAAGUUAGGUAGAUACUGGUUAACUAAGACAGUGUUGUUUCGAUCACCAGGGCAUACAUGAUGCCUCAUAAUUUUGUGUCAAAAUUGGGAAGAAUUAAUUUAGCUUGAAUCCAAUCCUAUUUAGUAUUUAAUUACUUUUACGAAGCUUUAUUUCAAA